UUGGUGAACAUAAUCGCGCCAUGUUGCUGUAAACAACAUAAGAAAGCGGAGUCUUAUCUCAGCAUUCAGUCCAAACAUGGAGAAAAAAGACGGGACGGUAACGACCAAACGGAGCAGUUCUGAGCAGCGGAAGCUGCGUUCUCGUGAUGCAGCCAGGUGUAGGCGGAGUCAAGAGACAGAGGUGUUUUAUGAGCUUGCUCGUACUCUUCCGCUCCCCCGACGGGUGUCCACGCACCUGGACAAAGCCGCCAUCAUGAGAGUCACCCUCAGUGCCCUACGCAUGCGGCGCCUCCUGCGAUCCGCUGAGAAUAAGGAGGAGGAGGAGAAGGAGGAUACAGAGGACAUGGAGGAAGAGGAAGAGGAGGAAGAGGAGGAUCAAAUGGAUGCUUUCUAUCCUCAGGCAUUGGCAGGUUUCCUCAUGGUUUUAACAGAGGAAGGAGACAUGAUCUACCUGACAGAAAAUGUCAACAAACACAUUGGCAUCACACAGCUGGAGCUGCUGGGUCAGAGUGUUUACGACUUUGUUCAUCCCUGCGAUCAAGAGGAGCUCAGAGACAUGUUGACUCCACGGCCAGGGUUGAAUAAGAAAUCAGCAAAAGAACAUCUGACUGAGAGAAACUUCUUCCUGCGAAUAAAAAGCACCCUGACCAGCAGGGGGCGCACAGUCAACAUCAAGUCUGCAACCUGGAAGGUUCUCCACUGCAGUGGUCACAUGCGUCCUUUUGGCAGUAGCUCCACUCUGCCCCUUGCUGCCAGAGUGAUGACUUUGUUGUGUGAGCCCAUCCCUCACCCAUCCAGUGUUGAGUUCCCUCUGGAUACAUGCACUUUCCUGACCCGCCACAGUAUGGACCUGCGGUUCACACACUGCGAGGGCAGGGUAACAGAGUUGAUAGGAUACAAACCAGAUGAUCUAAUUGGUCGCUCAGCCUAUGAGUUCCACCAUGCACUCGACUCUGAUCACGUCAACAAAAGUCUGCACACAUUGCUGACCAAAGGUCAGGUGAGCACCAGCCACUACCGCUUCCUGGCGAACAGCGGUGGCUUUGUGUGGGCAGAGACUCAGGCGACUGUCCUCUACAGCAACAAGACGUCGCAGCCCGAGGCCAUUGUCUGCCUAAACUUCAUCCUCAGUGCUGUGGAGCAGCCAGAUGUUGUUUUCUCGGUCGAGCAGCUCCGUUGUGACCGCCUCAUGAAAGCUGAACCCCUGUCACCGGCGCCUCCACCUACACCAGAGGACCUGGAGACCCCUGACUCGGAAGGGGGGCAUCUCACUAACUUCAGUCAGACCGAGGAGGUGGGUUCAGAAUCCAGCAGUGCUGCAAAGCUCCUCAUCAAACAGAAGGAGAAACCAGAGGAGCUUGACUUGGCUACUGAGGAUAAAGAUGCAGUCAAACCACCAGCAGGCUUUGUUGAGCUGUCAUUCAUCAGUCCAAAGACUUUGAACUUGGUGCCGGAACAACCUCAGAAACUAUGCACUCCAGAGCUGCUACAGCUCCUCACACCCAUCUUUGACCCCAUCACACCACCACCAUCUGCAUCACCAGUCCCCUCAGUGGAUCCUGUUCCUAACUCCAGUGAGGACGAGGAGCAGAUGGACACAAGUGAAGUGGAGAAGUUCUUUGCCACAUGGCAAGAAGAUGGGCAACAGCAAAAAAAAAACCUGGAGAACAUGGAUGAGAUGGAUCUGGAAAUGUUGGCUCCUUACAUCUCUAUGGACGACGAUUUCCAGCUUACCUUCCUCAGCAGUUUACCUGAGGAAACCAAUGGCCCUUCUUCAGAACCUUCAGUUGUGUCUCCUGCUAUCACACUGAACAGGAAACGAGCUCUGGUCACAGACAAGGACCUGUCGUUUCUGGAAAAGAGGCCAAAACAAGGUUCUUUGUCAACAGCAGAGGAAAUUCUUCUCAGCCACAAAAUGUUGGGCUGUCUGGAGGAUACCGACCAAUCAGAUUUGAUCUUAGACCUCGCCCCAAGAGGGCGGAGCAAACUGCUCACAGACAGAGACCCUGUUUUAGGAGGGAUGCAGGGACUGUGUGAUACUGCAGCUCUGAUGAGGGACGUAUUCAUACCACGCCCCCCUGACCUGUCUGCACCUCUCUCGCCCAUGACUUGACAGAGCCUUUGUCAGUUCACAGAGGUUUUGACAAAAAGACAAUGCCAUACUCAUCCGCACAUAUGCUAGUGCAACACAAACAUGUAUACACAUGAACCCAUAGACUCACACAUGCUGUAUAACUGUGCUGUAUGGUCGACUAGACGUCACUGCUUGUAGCUUGAACCAGAACAGGUUACUAAUGUGUUUUCUCAUCCAUAUCUCACUAUCAAACCGGAGCCAAUGAUGUUUCAUAGAUGAGAGUAGUGGUGUUAGAAUUCUCUCUCUUUAACAUAAUACUGCAAAGUCACAUGUUCUUUCAUGUUACAUGCUAUCUGUGAUUUAAUGUGGUCGGUGUGUUUGAAGGAAACAGCAGGUGGUGCUAACGUUGAAAUAUAAGAAAUCCUGCAUGAGUUUGACAGUGAGACAAAUCUUUGCAGCUAAAUCGAACUUGUAAUCUGUUUGGUGCUUCUGUCAUCAUUUACCCAUGUAAAGAACAAGCUCCCGUUAUUCCCAUAAUUCUCUUCAUUUGUGUUUUUGAAAAAUUGCUCUCACUGCCGUAACAAUCAAAUCAAUCACACCAACAAACAGACUUGCGAAUAUCAGUGGCGUCAUUCUUCAGUGACAUAUUGUACAUCUUUUUUUUUUUAGUCAAAGUUCUAAACUGUGAGUCCGCAACUAGUAAGUCAUGUUGUUUGUCAUGCUGAGUUAUUGGGUGGGUGGGGUUUAUACAAUACUGCCUGUGAGGUCACAGGAAUCUUCAGACACAUGAGGUGUGACUGAACGGUUUCCUCUGUUUUGAUUCACGUGCGAUCAGAAUGUCGAUCGAUGCAUGGUUUGAUUUAGUUUGAUUAUAAUUUCAAAUAUAUAAUCUGAUUAAAAUUUCCGUGCUGACGCAGUUAAUGAGAUGAACAGUAGAGUUAGCCCGCUUAGAUUCUCAUUAGAAGUGUAAGUAACACUAGUAAUCUUGUUUUUGUCACAUAAAUUUCAUAUAUAAGCUGAUUGUAGACUAGUGUUUCUCAGUUGUACGGUGAUGUUUGCUACAUAAACCCUCAAACCAUCCACAUUUAAUGUGAAAUUGGAAUUUUUUUUUUAUAACACAUAGCUGUUUGUGCCUUGUAUCUUUUUAGUAGAAGGCAUUUCAGUAACAGCCUGUGUUACCCACAGGAUCUGCUCUAAAUGGUUAGACCGUGGUUAUUUAAUAUGAUGGAGAAAUACUGUUAUAUUUUUUCUUUUAUUUUUAAAAGUUUAUCCUGUUUGCAUUCUUAAACUAAUUAAAGCUGCUGAAGCAGAAGCAGUUUUGUGGUCUGUGUGUAAAAAAAAAAAAGAAGCUCAUCAGUAAAUGUAAAAUAUUAAAGCAGUUGGCUUUUAACUUGGUCUAAAUGGUCUGUAUGUA